AUGUACAGAAAUUCUGGGUCUAAUGUUUGUCUGUCUUGGUUGCAUUAUAAAGUCUUGGUUCCUCUUGGAAUGGACGUGGUAGGGAAAAAUGAAAAGAAGAAGGACAAGAGAAACAAGGAGAAAGAGGCUUUGAGCUCUGCAGAAGUACCUUCAGAGAAGAAGAAGCACAAGAAAAACAAGGAGAAAGAGAUUGUAAGUACCUCAGAAGUACCUACAGAAAAGAAGAAGCACAAGAAAAGCAAUGAAAUAGAGGCUAUAAGUUCCUCAGAAGUACCUGCAGAGAAGAAAAAGAAGAAGAAGAAGCACAAGAGAAACAAGGAGAAAGAGGCUUUCAGCUCCUCAGAUGUUGCCAAAUCAGAGGAGAAAGAAGGCGUGUCUGAUAAUGGGAGAGAAGAAAAUAGUAAACGCAAAAAGAAGAGAGACAAGGAAAUGGUUACGGAGUGCAGUGAUGUAGAAUGUGCAACUGAUCAAGUGGUUUAUAGAGAGAAGGAUCACAUUGGCGUGAGUGGUGAGGAAAAUAACGAGCAUGUGAAGAGGGGGAAGGGUAAAAAAGAUAAAAGAACGAACGCAAAUGAAGGUGAUUCCGGAGAAAGCUGCAUUGAGAAGUCUGGCGGUGAGGCUCAAUCUGGUUCUCAUUCUUCUAAGAAGAGGAGCAGAAAGGAGGAAGUGCUAGAUGAAGUAUUAGGAGAGGGGAAGAAGAAGAAGAAAAGAACCAAAUUGGAUGCGGAUAUUGGAAACACCAAUGCAAAUAUUGGAGAUGUUGAAACGGAAAACAAUUUCGGCAGCACAAAUGAGCAUUUGAGGAACCUGGAUUCCAAAAAAUCAUCCAAAAGAGUAAAAUUUGCAAGUCAUGUAGAAGUCUUCCCUCCACCCGAUGACAAAGAUGAUAUGGAGGAAACCCCGGAAGAUAAGUUGGUUUGA